GGUAAUGCCAUAACGAGCAAAGUUACUGCGACACUAGCAACGGUCUCCUCUUGUUGCCAUUGCAACUGUUGUCCCAACCUCUGCUCUUCCUUACAAAAGAUCGAUGGAGAAAGUGUAGAGCUCCUUAGUGAGAGCGCCCUCAAGUCCACCUCGACAACUGUAGAUGUUGCGGACGUGGAUGAUCCGUCGACCCUGUCAUCAACGGCCAAUCCCACAGGAAGCGCCUCGGUAGACAAAUCCACGUCCAUUUGUCCAGCUCCGACUGCAGUUACAUAUGGUACCCUUGACCUGGACACAACCAUGACAGCGGAGAGCACACAAGGAGCUCUCCCCGAAACGGCCCGCCAUGCUCUGUGGGUCUGCUACGCAAUAAUUCUACUCUCCUGUGAAUUUCCAUACAGUAUCGUGCGAUACCAGGUUACCUCAUCCUUCGUAAGUCAGGCGGAGCGCAUGAAGCCGACCAUUCUGGGCCAAGCUGUCAGUCCAUCCCUCCUAGCGCGAUAUCUCCCCUUGCUAGGGAUCGCGUUCGCUCCUCUCGUUAACACUUACAUCUAUCCAUACGUUAGUAAACGAUUCAUCACAAUGACGACGCUCAAUCGAAUCAUCAUCGGUAUCGCCUUAGCCACCCUGUCUGUCCUGUCUGCCGCCACCGUGGAGACAGCCCGACUGACGUUCAUCGACCGAGGCGAUUUCUUCUUCCAGGAGAUCAACAACCAAACCGUCGUCGCUUCGACCCUGUCACUCGAUUUUCUCAUCCCGCAGUACUUUUUCAUGGGAGUGGCCGAUGUCUUUAUUUUCAUCUCCGGUCUGGAAUUCGCUUUCACGCAGUCUCCGUGCAACAUACAGUCUAUUGUGACGGGAAUCUUCUUGUUCUAUGCGGCAACUGGGCGGAUAGUUGCCAUAUUACUUGUACCUCUCAUAAACACCAUCACGGCAGCUGACCCAUGGUAUCCGUACGAGAUCAACGAUGGACAUCUCAACUACUAUUUCCUCGUCCUGACCGCCAUAAGCCUGACCAAUCUCAUCAUCUUCUUCAUGAUGGAGAAAGGUUACGAGGUCGUCGAUGGAUAUCUAUGCCUGGACGAAGACACAAUUGACGGGUCGACAACGGCGGCGACGACGACGGCGACGACACCCUCUGUAACAAUUUCAGCGAACACCAAUAUAGUUAUGCCUCUCCCUCAACCUGUGUCAUCUAUCACGUCAUCAGCAUAA